AUGACAUACCUUAUGAAUUAUACACCAUCCCGCUAUGUUCGGAUAUCGUGUUUGAGAGGAAAUCCAAUUGCUAUAUUUUUUAUUCAGUUAAUUGGAGUUCCUGUGCCUGGUCUCGAACCAGAGUUCCAACCAGUUGUCAGUCACUUGUUGCCACACAUCGUAGCCCACAAGCAAGACGCUCACGAUCUGCACCUUCAGCUACUUCAAUACAUGACAUGCAGAUUGCUUCCUUUCCUUCCCCAACUUGAGGGAGACCUGAGCAGCUUUCCCGUGCUCCUGAGCCUAGCCUGCGUUUUCUUGCUAUGGUUGCGGGUCCAUUUUACCCUAUACUUCAUUGUCAAUGAACGGUUUGAAGUUUUAACUUAUCAAAAGUGGCCUAAUAACGGUAUGCCUGGCACAGUGGCAAAUGUUGAAGAAGGCAGAUGCUGGCACAACUACUUGGUUGCAGAGUAA